UUCCGUCAGUUUUGUCAGCGACCGGGCCGCGGAUGGAGGUCACUCAGCUCUUCACCGAGCUAAGCUAGAGAUUCAUAUCAACGCCGCCGAUUUCGGUUUUUGUUUUUGCCUUUAAAAUCCGAAAGUCAAGGCUUUCGGCUCAUUGUGUCGUCGCGGAAGGAAUGAAAGAAAGUUCAGUGCGUGAGUUUUGAUGGCGAUAGCUCGAUUUGGAGGGAACAUUCUCAGCUGAUUGCCAUCUAUUUUCAUAGAGGACACCAUGGCAGAGCUUUCACUACACCUAAUGGUGUUGAAUGUAAACGUAGAUUACGGAGUUUGAGAUGUGAACCAUUAUAGAAGUCAUCUUCACUCAAGCAGUAAUGAGCCAAAACUUACACAACACAACUUUGACGCAGAGAUUGCCCUUAAUUGCGACUCCGCUGCUCCAUGACGGGGGCUGGUACCCGCCCCACAGCAAGCAGCCAGCAGCAGCACUCCCUCCUGCCCCCUGCAAAAUGGACAACAAGUUUGUGCAGGCUGCCGCUCCCAGGAGGCAAGAAGUCAAGCUACACGCCAUGCCGUGGUUCCAUGGAAAAAUAUCUCGGGAACAGGCGGAAGUGCUGUUGAUGCCUCGGGAGGACGGUCUUUUCCUUGUGCGAGAGUCAACCAACUACCCAGGCGACUACACACUUUGCGUCUGCUUCCAGGGCAAAGUGGAGCACUACAGGGUCAAGUACAAAGACAAGCAACUCACCAUCGACGACGAAGAGUUCUUUGAAACCCUAGGGCUGUUAGUAGAGCACUAUGAACAAGAUGCAGACGGACUUUGCACUCAGCUGAUAAAAAGUCUACCUAAAAUUGGCAAGCAGGAGUUUUGUGUAGACACGAAGGCGUUUGUUGAUGCUGGCUGGGUGAUCCAAGACAGCGAUUUGGAGAUCCGAGAGUUGAUAGGCAAAGGCGAGUUCGGAGACGUGAUGCUUGGCAUUUAUCGCGGUGACAAGGUGGCUGUGAAAAGACUUAAAGACGGCAGUGAAGCCGCGCACAAGUUCCUGGCUGAGGCGUCGCUGAUGACUUCGCUGCGGCAUGAAAACCUUGUGCAAAUGCUCGGCCUCGUGGUCAACAACAAGCACAUCUGUCUUGUCACGGAGUUCAUGAGCAAGGGCAGUUUGGUCGACUAUUUGCGCUCCAGAGGUAGACAGCACGUCACCAAGAAGGAUCAAAUCAACAUAGCUUUUGACACAAGUUCAGGGAUGGAGUUCUUGGAAUCUAGAAAAGUGGUGCACAGAGACCUGGCCGCUCGAAACGUGCUGAUUUCUGAAGAAGGCAUUGCAAAGGUGUCGGAUUUUGGUUUGGCACGAGACGAAAAUUUGAUGGGUGAAGGUGGAAAAUUGCCCAUCAAGUGGACCGCGCCGGAGGCGUUGAAGCACGCAAAAUUCUCCAACAAAUCGGACAUGUGGAGUUUUGGAAUCUUGCUUUGGGAGAUUUACUCAUUUGGGAGAGUGCCUUAUCCACGAAUACCUCUUGCUGAUGUUGUGAAGCACGUAGAAAAGGGCUACAAAAUGGAAGCUCCAGAAGGAUGCCCUCCAGAAGUAUAUCACAUUAUGAGAGACGCGUGGAAUUUAAAUGCGGAAAUGAGACCCAGUUUCAAGGAAGUGAAGACAAAACUUCUACAACUGCGAACACAGACAGUUUAAAAUUGUGAGAGUGACUUAGGAAAAGGAGUUUGGCUCUUCAGUGAAUCUUCUCCCAUGACAGACAUUGUGUACCUAAAUUAAUAAUAUUACCUAUUUAUAACAACAACUCAUAUAGACCUCCCCCGUGUAUUUUCUUAUCUAAACAUGUAGGAACACACAUAAAUAUUGUUAAGUUUGCCCUCGUCUAACUUAUUGUUUCCUUCUUGGAACAGUUAUGCCGUCAGUGUUGUAUAACGCAAUUUGCUGGACAAAACAAGUUUCGGAAUUAAUAGAAGAAUUAGUGAAGUCAAAGAGAAAAGACGAUCAAAGUAAUAAAAGCUACACACGGUAGUUGCUCAUGUGGCCGAGGAAAUGGAAGUAUCGGCUUUUGGUGUUAGAAACUGCUCCUAAAAGAUGUCGUGGAUACCUGAAUGUAAAAUUGAUGUAUCGUUGCUGUUUUAGUGACCAUUCACAUUCUGUAUUGAUUAUAAUUGGACUCUGUGAACAAUCCCCUCAAACUCAAUUAAUCUGGAAACCUGAAUGGCGUUGGAAGGGCGAAAAUCAGAUAUCUCGUUGGUGAGUUUUGUUGUGAAAAGACAGUCACCAUAAUUUAAAAGUUAGCUCAUUGGGAAGCACAGAAUUCAGCGCACAUCCAGUGAUGGAAAUCAUCUCCAGUUAAGAUUUUUUCAAUUUAUUUUUCAAUUCCACCCCUUGAAUCUCUGUAAUUGGGUCUCCAACACCAUUUCACUUGGCUUAGAGGGGAUGAAUACUACACCAGUGAUGUCCAAUUAAAAGGUCGACGCUCAAAAGACACUUGGCACAAUUGUAACCGGACCUUGUACUUUCUUAGUAGCUCAAAUUUGAGUUUGUUGCUUCCAUAUUAAUAUUCGUAACUUGGAAACCAAAAUGUAUUACUCUCAGAGAUGCAAGCAAGUCCUCCAAUUUAACUCCUUGCCACUGCUGCAUGCGUACCUAGAAUAAUAAUCGAGAAGCAAGUAAUCUCUCAAUCGAGUCUAAAUUGACAAAUGGUAAUCAAUCAAAUAGUAGUCUUUUGAUAAUCUUAUUUUUUAUAAUAAUCUACUAUACUGAAUCUAGCAGUGUUUUGAAUGGCAAGAAACAAGCAGCAGGAAAACGAGUUGUUAGUUUAACGAUAUACUUACUUGCUUACUUACUUGGAAAACGUCUGCCGUCCGGAUGGAUUUUAGUUGAAGGCCCUUUCAAAUUGUUUAAUUCUUUAUUAUUAUUUUUUGUGUGGCUCACAAUCUCGGUUGGUUUUCGCAUUUUUUUCUCACCAAAUUUGUUUCUUCAUCUCGGUGUUGUGGAAGUGAAUCACUCUCGCUGAGUUCCUUGUUAAUGCUAUAAUAAUAUAAUAUAUGAAUAUGGUCUGAAACGUGACUGAAUAUUGCAAUGUUUGCCGCGACAAUUUUCACUUCUCAGCCGAUUUGACACUCAGAAUAUGCAAGUUUGUUCAAAAAGUUCCACUUUCACAACUUAUAUCAAGGUGUGGCUCACUUACAAAAUGACACAAAACUCACUUUGUAUAUUUCAUGACAUUUUGGUGAUUGUUGAAUAUUAUUAAUUGACUAUUAACAUUUGCAUACACAGUUAAAAUACAUAUAUUCUAUACAUUUAUGAUUAUAACGUGUAUUUGUAUAGAUAAGAAGUGGGAGGUAAGCGCAAAAGUGUAUAAAUUAAAAUGAAAUCUAAGUCAAAAAAUGUUACUCGUCACAUUUGUUUGUCAAAAUAGACUAGCGAUGCAAAUGGAUUUUUGUUCAAAUGUGCAGAUAGUAUUUGUUGAUUUUUGUACAUAAUCUGCGAAGUUAAAUAGCUACGCAGCAAUACGAUACUUUUUUUUCUUAAUCGAACGUUUGCGUGUUCAGCAUUAUUUGCCUUUUCUACUUGCAUUGAGAUUUUUUGAGUCUUAUGAAAAAAUUAUAGAACUAUUAAUUUUCUGCUAUCCAAUCAACUCAAACUGUAUGUAAUUACAACACAAAUUGAAGAAAUGUAAAUAAACAUAAUGGUUUAUUAAUUUUAA